CGCGUCCAAGCAGCUUCGAAGACGGCGAGCAUGAGUAACGAGCACGCGGGCGACACUCCCGAUUGGAUGCAGGAGCAGGCAGCUGAAUACCAGGACCUGGUGGGAAGCUUCGUGGAGUCCGUUGUGGACUCUGACACUGAUGAGAUCCUCGAGUACCAGCUCAUCUGGGAAGGCGGUGAUUUGGGUGUGGCACUUACGACCCUCGAGGGCGACGAUGGCGGCGUAGCUGUCAGCCGUGUGACUGGAAAAGGUUUCCCCUUUGGCAUCAAGAACGUCGGACCGGGUGACCUUCUGCUCUCCAUCAACAUGAAGGACACUACUAAGAUGACAUUGGACGACGUCGUGGCGUAUCUGCAAGUAUGCGACUUGCCGGCCACGCUCCGUUUCAAGAAGCUUUCUCCCGUUACGGAACAGCCACCCGUCUCGGCCCCCCGUAAGAGUACGUAUGUCAUCACCAGCGCUGCACAGGGCCCCACUAGCCCCAUGGGCUCCCAAGCACCGCCAUCGUACCCUCGUGGUUCGCAGAGAGGUUCGACCAAGUACGCCCCACCUUCUGCAAAUUCAUCUCAUCCAGAUCGCUCCUCCAUGCCGGUACACAAGACGCCAUCGGACUUUCCGGAACCCCCGGCACCGCCUCAGCGUCAGAGUGCAAAGGUACCCGCUGGGCAACAGCUGAUGGAGUCGCCCCCGAAGCCGGCGCCUACCCUUAAGCCAGUGGCAUGUACGGAUGAGCCAACGUUCGUAAAGCCUGCCGUAGAGGAGGACUACCAGCUAGUGGCACCGAGCUCUCUACACAAGUCCAAGCCACAAGAGGAGAAGAAGCCUGCCUCACCGCGUGGGUCUGUUGCACCAGAGGAGAAACUCCGUGAAUUGGACGGCCUCGCUCUCAGUUCGGGCGUCAACGACCUCGGCUUCGAAGACUCGGAGGACGAAUCCGUGCGCGCAUCCCGCGAGUCGCGUGACUCCUGGCGCGACGAGAGCUUCGAUGUGGAUGCCAAUCAUGGCGACUGGAAGGUCGACGAAGAGGAGAAGGAGGACGUUGCACCCAUGGAUAAAGAUGGUGCCAAGGAACGAUUCCAGCGAGGCAAGAGCGGCUCAACGGUUGCGAUGCUUGGACAUUUCUCCGUGGAAACGAAAGGGGAUGGCGUGCCAAUUCUUCCUGAUGCCGAGGAGGCGACGGGUAUCGCUCUGAUUGACAAUGUGAGCGAUUUCUCGCCCGAAACCCAUCCGUCACCUCCUCACGCCAGCGGCCAAGUGCGUCCGUCCGACGUGUCGUCUGGUUCAAUGGUGUCUUCGCUGAAUUCUUCCAUGAACAAUACGAUGAACACUGAUGCUCCUCGGCCGUCAGUGCGCGUGUCAAUGGAUAGCACGGCGCCCAUUAUGAAAAGUCACCCGAUUGGCACAUUGCACGAGAUGUGUGCGAAGGGCAAUCUGCGAGGUGUGGUGCAGCACUUGCGUGUGGACGGCCCCGAGGCAUUGUUGAACCGAGAGCCGAACCACGGCCAGACGGGUCUGCACCUUGCAGUCAAGAGUGGCAAGGCGCCGCUUGUGAAGGUGAUUCUGGAGCAGUACAAACCGCUUGAAGAUAUCAUUAACGUUGAAGAUGACAAGGGCAACACAGCGCUGCACUUUGCUGCCACGAAGACGCCGGCCAUGGUGCACUUGUUGCUGGAGAACGGGGCCAGUGCUAACGUAAAGAACAGUCGGAAGUUCACACCGCUGAUCAUCUCGGUGAUCACCUCCAAGGAUGACAGCGUGAUUAUCCCCCGUAUGCUCCUCAAGUUUGGUGCCAACCCGAAUGAUAUGCACGACAGCCAGACUGUAAUUCACACUGCCAUCAGCACUGGCCGAUUGAAGAUUGCUGGUGCACUCGUGCGUGCAGGCGCCAAGAUGGACGUGGAGGACGCCGAGGGCAAAAGCGUUUUUGAGAAGCUGCCCCGCAAAGAUCUGCGAUACCUGAUCUCGCACAUUUACUUUCCCCCCACAUACAUCACGAGGAAGGAACGCACCGAGUGCAUGCUGUGUCGCCAGAAGUUCAAAUUCGGGCACCGUGAGCACAACUGCACGCACUGUGGUCGUCUCUGUUGCGCUGAAUGUUCAGCACUGCACGUCGAGAUGGUAAAGUUCCCCAUGGGCUUCCCCGGCCGCACCCGUCGCGGAGCUGCCAACCGCGAACAGAAGCGCGUGUGCAAGACGUGUUACAACGUGUUCAAGGAGCGCAAUGACGAACCGGAGAAGAGCGACAUGACCAAGUUCAUCAACCGCGUGAUUAACAUCGAAUGGGACGAGGUGAACCCCGAAAAGCUCCAGCAGGUGCAGGAAGCAAGUCGUCGCGGCGAGAAGUAA